AUGGCGCAUCAUAGUCACGGUACGGAUACGAACAACGAGAAGGGAAUAGAUCCGAAAUCUGGCGAUGAAAAGAAACCAGAGGAGGGCGGACAGUUGAUGAGGUUUCCGAUAGAUAUAUUCCAAGCAUCAAAGACAGGUUAUCUUAUUCGUGUACAAGAGUUAGUUGAAGAGAAUGGUCCAGAGUUAUUGCUUGAACACGAUGACAAAGGCCAUACCCCUGUACACUGGGCAGCGUUGGGUGGAUUUACAAAUAUCAUACGGUUCAUGGUUGAUUAUAAAAUCAACAUGGAUAUUCCAAGUAAUAAUGAUUUGCAACCAAGACCAAUUCAUUGGGCUGCCGUGAAUGGACACAUAGCAGUGGUAGACAUACUAUUACAGGCUGGCGUUUCCAUAGAUACCACAGAUGCGAAAGGUUGCACGCCAUUAAUUAUUGCAUGCCAGUAUGGUCAGACUAUGCUUGCUGGUUAUUUGAUGGGCAAGGGGGCAAGACUGCAGCUAUGUGACAAAGAAGGAGACAAUGCAUUGCAUUGGGCAGCAUUUAAAGGUUAUUGUGAGUUGACGAGAUUAUUAAUCUAUUCUGGUUUUAAUCCAAGACAAAGAGAUACUUAUGGCCAGACGCCAUUGCAUCUUGCUACUCUCAGCGGUGAUCUACUCUCUGUCAAGAUGCUCUGUGAACAAGACGGGGUUGAUUUUGAAAUAGAAGACAAUAAUCACAAGACACCGUUGAUGCUCUCUCAAGGCAGAAAACAUACGGAUAUUACAAAUUAUUUAAACAAAAAACUCAAAAAUCAGAAAAGUUUAAUUCCUCACAUAGACUUUAAGAGUAUUGUAUUCGGUCCACCAGGCAAGAGUAAAGCACCCUUACUGUUCUUUUUAAUAAAUGUAUUGUGUUGGGGAUAUCCUAUGUAUAUAUUUAAAGGUCUAAUCACAUUUCCAUUUAUACCACAUUGGCAUUAUAUUUUUAUCGCUGUCAAUUGUGUUAUGUGGUAUUCAUUUUACAAAGCAUGUCUCACCGAUCCAGGAUUCUUUCAGAAGAACUCAGCCGACUAUGACAGAGCCAUCAAACAGGUCGCACACUUUGACGAGUGGAAGCAAGGUAAAAACCCGCUUACAAGGCUGUGCCAUACGUGUAGGAUCGUAAAACCGCUCCGUACCAAGCACUGCAAGAUAUGUAAUCGAUGUGUCAUGCAUUUUGAUCACCAUUGCCCGUAUAUCUAUAAUUGCGUUGGUUAUUAUAACAGGCAUUGGUUUGUCAUCUUUGUGUCGUGUAUUGCGAUCAACGCGUACAUCACUGAAAUAAUAGCUGCUAUGUUGAUUAAACUAGAAGGCAUGAGAUGGCUUUACGUAAUAGGAUUCCUCCAAGUAGUGUUUUUUGGAUUCAUCGCAGUGGGACUGACAUGUGCAACAUGGUGCAUGGCAGCGUUUAACAUCACAACGAAUGAAAGAAUGAACUGGAAGCGAUACGACUACCUCAAAGAUGCACACGGGCAUUACCAUAACCCUUAUAAUAAAGGAAUCAAAAGAAACGUACAAGAGUUCUUCCAUGUUAAACCACCCCCACGUGAUGAUGAAGUCAACCAGUCCAGAACAUUCAUUGUUUAAUGUAUUAGGCUUAACAAAUUUAUUUAGACUAGUUGAUUUUUUCAUGUAGGGGUGAGAGGGUGUUAAAUGAUGGGAAAGCAAUGUAUUUUUGUAGUGUGAAUUUUCUUACACUAUGUGCCUCAGCUGUUUUUUUUUUCAAUGAGGGUACGAAAAGUGAUUGCAAUAAUGUCUAUUUAAAAGACAAACUUAUUUAUGUGUGUCACUUAAGAAUAUAAUAAUGUUAAUUCAAUAUAUUAAAUGAUCACAAGUUUUUUGAUGAUUUAUACAUACAUCAAUUAAAUUAAAUGCCAAAGAUUCAGAGGGGCAAACUGGAACUGACUUCAGAUUUAUUUUACUAGAGUAUAUUCUAAAGUUCCGAUUGAUGUUAUCACAUCACACAUACACUAUGAUCCUUGUAGAAUAAUUGUAAUAAUGCAUGUAUAAUUGCAAUUUAUUCUUAUUUUAUUAUGCACGAGGUAUUAAGGUCUCUAAAACAAAAUAAACAUGGAAAAUGGAUUCA